UUCCGGUUGAACUAUAACAUGCACAAGAUGCAUAUGGCUCUUCCAGAACUGUUGUCAGAACUCCAGUCAGCUGAGGAUUUGUUCACUCAGAAAUCAGUUGUGAUGGUUGCCGAGCAAGCCGGACCUUCCAGGCCUUACAAAGGCAGGAAGAAGAAGAAGGCUGCAGGAAAGGCAAAGGCACAGAGCACCCAGUUAGUGCCUCAACAGGCUGUGGCAAAGAAGCCGAAAGGUAGAUGCCACAAAUCUAAUAAGUCAGGGCACUGGAAGGUCGAUUGUCCUCUCCUCAAGAAGGGCAAAGAAGGUAACUCUCAUACUUUCGUCGUAGAAACAUGUUUAGCGGUUGUAUCUACCAGUACCUGGUGUGUAGAUACUGGAGCCACUGAUCAUGUCUGCAAUUCUUUGCAGGGGUUCCAGGAAACCAGGCGACUUAGAGAUGGAGAGAUUACAGUCUACAUGGGCAAUGCUACGAAAGUGGCAGCAGUUGCAGUGGGAGUAGUUACCUUCUUUGCCCUUCUUGAGGAGAGGACAAUCGACCUUCUA